GUGCGUAUGCAUGCACACGUGCGUGUACCACCCAUCAUCCGGCGGCAUGCAUCCAUAAAUAUAUCCUUUUAUAAAGUCUUUCUUCCCGUUUCUACAGGUCAGUCGCCUGUGGCCGCUUCUGCCCGCUUGGUGGACGACUGCAAGAGAGAAAGAUGAUGAAGGACCACAACGAGCAGAGCUACUGGCAGGAGACAGGGCGAUGGGCGGCCUACGAGGAGAGCUUCGACCCCGAGUCCGGCGUCUGGGCGUCCUCGCACGUCUCGUACCUCACCUUCAAGAGCCUGGUGCAGCUUCGACGCUUCAUGAACACAGGUGUGAUGCUUUUUGACUGUGUGGAGAAGACCUGGGCCGGCAUCGCAGAGAAAUUGGUCGCUGAGAUGCUCAAACAGAAGCAGAUCAGACCAGCAGACCAGGAGGGCGUCAUGAAGUGUCUGCUCCACAACCGCAGCCAAGAAGCUGAUCCGGAGAGUCAAGCCCUGACCGAUGGAGCGGACCUACGCAGGUUUUCGGUCAAGGAAAGGAAGGAUGAAUCUGACCGUGUGGAGGCCUCCAUGGUGUUAGUAGGAGCUUUGGACUUCCUGGAAAAGCCCGCAGUCGUGUUUGUGCGUCUGAAAGAGGCGGCGGCGCUCGACUCGGCCUUGGAGGCUCUGGAGCCGUUACGCUUCGUCUUCGUGCUGAUCGGGCCCAGCAACGCCGAUACGGAUUAUCAUGAGAGUGGGCGAGCCAUGGCAGCGCUAAUGGCUGACAAAGUGUUCAACCAGGCGGCGUCUCGGGCUAAAAGCCUGCGAAACUUGACUGAAGCUGUGGGCGACUUCAUGGACUGCAGCAUUGUCAUCCCGCCCACUGAGAUCCAAAAUGAAGCCACGCUCAGUUCCAUAAUCAAGUUUCAGAAGAAGUUGCUGAAGGACAGAGUCCACUCAUCUGAGCCCGUGCUGGACAGCAAACCUGGUCAGAUUUCCUUCUCUACAGCACUUCCGCCUGAAGAUCCCCUGGCCCGCACGGGUCGACCAUUCGGCGGGAUGAUUCGAGACAUUAGAAAACGAUACCAGUACUACAAGAGCGACAUUACCGAUGCUCUCAACGCUCAGGUCCUUGCUGCCAUCAUCUUCAUCUACUUUGCGGCUCUCGCUCCUGCCAUCACCUUUGGGGGCCUCCUAGCGGACAAAGUGGAGGAUAUGAUGGGCGUCCCGGAGCUUCUCAUUUCUACUAGCAUCCAAGGGAUUAUCUUCUGCUUCGUUGCUGCCCAGCCUGUGCUUGUUAUUGGAUUCUCUGGGCCUCUCUUAGUGUUUGAGGAGGCCUUCUAUGCUUUCUGCAAGUCCCAGGAGAUCGAGUACAUUGUCGGGCGAGUGUGGGUGGGCGUGUGGCUGGUGGUCAUCGUGGUGAUCAUCGUGGCGUGCGAGGGAAGCUUCCUGGUGCGCUUCAUUUCCCGCUUCACCCAGGAGAUAUUCUCCAUCCUCAUCUCCAUCAUCUUCAUCUACGAAACCUUCGCCAAGCUCGCGAGGAUCUUCAAGGCUCAUCCGCUGAUUCUGAAUUACGAUCACCUGAAUGCAUCUCUCGAAAACCCCUGGCGCCCGAGGGUGGAACACACGGUCAUCUUGGACAACGUGACUGGCAACACGACCGUUCUCGUCAACACUUUAACGCCACCUUACCCUAACACGGCACUGCUCUCCACGUGCCUCAUGCUCGGCUGUUUCUUUAUAGCCUAUUUCCUGCGCCAGUUCAAGAACGGCACCUUUCUGCCCGGAAAAGUCAGACGUUUGUUGGGUGACUUUGGUGUUCCAAUUGCCAUUUUCCUCAUGAUUGUCGUGGACUACAUCAUUGGGGACACCUACACUCAGAAACUGGUGGUCCCUAAAGGUCUGAUGGUGUCAAAUCCAGCCAAAAGGGGCUGGCUCAUCAACCCGUUUGGAGAGCACACACCUUUCCCUGUGUGGAUGAUGUUUGCAUGCUGCAUUCCGGCCGUGCUCGUCUUCAUCCUCAUCUUCUUGGAGUCUCAAAUCACAACCUUGAUCGUGAGCAAACCCGAGAGGAAGAUGGCCAAAGGCUCCGGCUUCCACUUUGACCUUCUGAUUUUGGUGGGCAUGGGCGGGAUCAGCGCCAUCUUCGGCGCGCCGUGGCUCAGCGCUGCCACGGUGCGCUCAGUCACUCACGCCAAUGCGCUCACCGUCAUGAGCAAAGGAACCAAACCUGUGAUCGAGAAAGUCCUGGAGCAGAGAGUCAGCGGCAUCGUUGUGGCGCUGUUGGUUGGUCUGUCCAUUCUGAUGGAGCCCAUCCUGAAGUUGAUCCCCAUGGCGGCCUUGUUCGGGAUCUUCCUCUACAUGGGCGUCACGUCACUAAACGGCAUCCAGCUGUGGGAUCGUAUGCUGCUGCUUCUCAUCCCCAAGAAAUACCAUCCGAACGAGCCUUACGCCACCAAAGUGAGCACCGGAAGAAUGCACUUGUUCACUGGCAUCCAGAUCAUGUGCCUCGCACUUCUGUGGAUCAUCAAAUCCAGUCCAGCGUCCCUCGCACUUCCAUUCAUCCUCAUCCUCACUAUUCCAUUACGCAUGGUCAUGACCGGGCGGCUCUUCACUGAGUUGGAGAUGAAGUGUUUGGAUGCUGACGACGCUAAAGUGACAUUCGAGGAGGAGCCGGGACAAGAUGUGUACUGGGAAACUCAGAUGCCAUUGUAGGCAUAGAGAAAGGGCACUCUUUAAAAAAAAUAAAAAAUAAAUAACAUUUUUGAAAUGUUUAAUUAUGGCUCAAAUUCAAGUUUGCAAACAUUUGUAUUUCCAUUGAAAAUUGGGCAGACUAUUUCUGACUCUUCAAUUUGAUUUUGAUAUGACAAAUCAAAUUUGUCUUUAAAAAAAAUGCAAUUGAGCCAUUCCUUGCUAUUGGUGCCUUUUCUAUUCCCAGGAAAACACUUUUGUUUAAAGUAAAUAAAAUGCCAAUUAUGAAAACAU